UAGCGAACAAAAGUGUUUUCUUUGAUUUAAGUAAGUGAAAGUGUAAAUACAGCCAAGAAGAAGGUGAAAGCGAAAAGACAGACAAGAUACUAUUGUAAAGGAAGGUGAAAGAGCAAACAAGUAACAAUUAAAUGGGUAAAGGGAGUCGUCAGGGGGCCGUUGGAGAGGCUGCCCGGCCUGGCCCCGAAAGCCGAAAUACUGCACACCGGGGCAGCCUGGGCCUCUACGCGAUAGCUUUACGUGCAUAUUGGGAUCUCACGCUCACUACACAAUGAAUAAACAUAAAGAACAUGAAGAAGUUUUAAGGGAGGAUGACAACAGUAUUGUCAGUGAAUCAUUGGACAUGGUUAUGAACUGGAAGCCUGUAUCUGACGUGUUUGCUCUAAAGAACUUCAUGUAUGCCUCAGCAUUUACCAAUGGUGGCAGUGCUGUUUAUAUCAAUGCACAUUUCCGCAAGGUUCUUAAACUGAAGAAUCAUGCAUUUAUGGCUUCACUUAUACCUGUGGUCCUUACCCCUGCUCUUGUUGGGGGACUGCUUCACCACCAGUUUGUACAGCGCCCAAUGCUACUACAAACCUUUAAGUGUCCUGUGUGCAUAGAGAUGAGGGGAGGGUUGGUGCAAUUUUUUUCUGGUAUUGUGUACCCAAUGAUGCUGGCCCCACUGGCUGGUUUCCAGUUUGCUGCAAGAUUAUAUACCUACCCUGUGCCUGAUGCCAGGAAACCUUUAAGUGUGGUGAAGGAGAUUGCCAAGAUAACCAGACCUUUUCUAUCAAAGCUGUACAUCCUAGCAGGAAUAAAUAUCAUUGCAGGAGUGGCCUGGACACAUUGGGAGUUCCAUAAUCUCUAUACUGUAGCAGCAAAGAUGGCACAGAUGGAAGAGGAGCUGAAGGAGCAUCAUAAGGGUAAAUUAAGUUUAUAGUGCAAACAUUUCAGUCUGUAUAUAGAAAUAUUUUAAGUCAUGAUUAAAGAAAUCAUAUUAAA